AUGGGGGAUGACGAGUGGAUGUCACGCCUAAAGAGGUUUGCUGCUUCUGGGAUCUGGCCCUCUGACGCAGGCCCUGUGACUUCAGUCACAACCACAGCCUCCCCCUCUUCCCCAGUGCAGAGCCCUCGCCAACCUGCACUAACUUUGUCUAUGUUUGAUAGGCAACGUUUUGGUGGGACACACAGUGCUGUGGCCAAACCUAAUUUGGUCUCUCAAAAGCCAUGCCAGCCACUACCCUGCCCUGCCGUCACCUCAAGCAGCGCCAGCACUGGCAGUACAUCCAUCUACACUGUCAUCCCUUCCAGUCCUGAUGAGACCUACACCAUCACUCCUGGCACCCCUCGCACCCCUAGUCCUGGUGAGGUAUCUGUUAGGACCACCACCUCAGGUAGCCCUAGUCCUUCUGAGGCUGCUUUAAGGACCACUACUGCAGGCUGUAUUAGUCCUGCACAGACACCCACCACCAUGUCUACAGUUGUUGCCAGCUCUGUUGGUGAGGAUCUGGCUGGUCCUGCUUCUGCUUCAUUUUGGCUUCCUGUUGAGAUGAAGAACUCGAUUCCAGUGCAGGAUCAACGAUGGAUUGUCUCUGCCCUCUACCAUGCCGGAAAGCUGCUCCCCGACUUAAAGCUGUGGUAUGAGCCUCCCGUGCCAUUGCACAUCUUGGUAGGCUCCAACACCAGAACGCUUUUUCACCCACCAGCUCAUGGUGUGGAUGCCCUACCACCAGUGGAAAGUUAG